CCUGCAACCCUGAUUCUACAGUCUCAAAAUCUCACUCUCCAAUAUCUGUCUCUCAACCCUCGUUUCUCACCGUUCCCCACUCUCCGUCUCUCAACCCUCGCCUUGCCGCCCUUUCCCUCUCCUUGCCUUGUCUCUGCCUCCUCCCGCGUCGCCGUCACCGUCACCGUCUCGAUGAUCUCUCUCUGCCUUUGUUUCUCAGUGGCUGCUCUGACUCAUUGCCAUUCCUAUCGUUGAGAACAGUCUCUGAGUCAUCACCAAUCAACAUGUCUCUUGGGUACGCAGAGAAGCUUUCCUACAUAGAAGAUGUCGGCAACGUUGGAAUGGUUGAGCAUUUCGAUGCUUCUCACCUUUUGAGAGAAAAAAUAGAGCGACUUGCCAUCAUGAUUAAAAAGAGUAAGCACUUGGUGGUCUUUACAGGUGCAGGAAUAUCAACUUCUUGUGGUAUACCCGAUUUUAGAGGUCCUAAGGGAAUUUGGACACUUCAGCGUGAAGGUAAAGCCUUGCCUGAAGCAUCACUGCCAUUUCAUCGAGCGAUGCCAAGUUUGACUCAUAUGGCUCUAGUUGAACUAGAAAAGGCUGGUAUUUUAAAGUUUGUUAUCAGUCAGAAUGUUGAUGGUCUCCAUCUUCGAUCUGGAAUACCAAGGGAGAAACUAGCUGAGUUGCAUGGGAAUUCUUUCAUGGAAACAUGUCCUUCUUGCGGGGUUGAGUACUUUCGUGACUUUGAGGUAGAAACUAUUGGUUUAAAGGAGACAUCACGACGCUGUUCAGAUGAAAAAUGUGGAGCAAGACUCAAGGAUACAGUCCUUGACUGGGAGGAUGCAUUGCCUCCAAAGGAAAUGGAUCCUGCAGAGAAGCACUGCAAACAGGCAGAUAUAGUGUUGUGCUUGGGGACAAGUCUGCAAAUAACUCCUGCGUGCAACUUGCCUUUGAAAGCAAUACGUGGUGGGGGUAAAGUUGUUAUUGUAAAUCUUCAGAAAACUCCGAAGGACAAAAAAGCUGCUUUAGUCAUUCAUGGUUUUGUAGAUAAGGUAAUUGCAGGUGUCAUGGACCAACUUAACCUGCAGAUUCCUCCUUUUAUAAGGAUUGAUCUUUUCCAGAUUAUCAUAAUGCAGGGUUUGAGCCUUGAUAAAAGAUAUGUGAACUGGACUCUCCAAGUUGCAAGUGCUCAUGGACAGAAAGCAACAUUGCCUUUCAUCAAAUCUGUUGAGGUGAGUUCAUAUGUUUAGUCUGUUUCUCAUUUAAUUUAUUUUUGAUUUCACAGGAGAACAGCAUAUAACAAAGCAUUUGAAAUGGUUCUGAAACUCAAUUUCGGUGAUGGCUGUGGCUGCUCGUCCCUUGAAAUUGAUGUUCCAGUUGAUUUCAAGGGUUCAACCGACUGCUUCAACUUCGAUAAGGAUUUCAUAUUCCAAAAGCUAAGAGAGAAGGCAGUUAUUGAAUCAAAAUGUGGUCAGAAUGAUGUUAUUGAGAGAAAGACCAUCUUGACACCAAGGGGUGAUGUCACCACAUAUGCCAUUGUAACCAAUCUUGUUCACCACAGCAAAACAAGUAAAUCAUCCCCUGAUUCUCGAAGUAACGGUGAUCUUAAAAGAAGAAAACCAAGCUUCAAUGGUACAGGAUCAUCUGGGAAGCGUUCAAAAGUGUCCAAAUGUAAAUCAAGAUCAUAGUAAUACUAGGGUUUAGAUGUAGAUUUUAUUGUAUGUAUGGUAUAAAAAAAUAGAACUGACAGGAAUGAGAAAUUGUAAGAGACUGGGUGAAUUUUGUUAGAUAUGUUACACUCAGUCUUCCCAAAUGGUGCAUAUGAUUAACUGAAAAUGGUUUAUUGAUACUAACUAUAGUGGGUAUUGGUGCCGUUAUAAUAGUAAAUAUUUACCUUAGCAUCUGACAUUGCAUAUGGGAAUCACUUUAGUUUCCGAAA